AUGGACACGCAACAGGAGGACAUGCGCCUGGGUCCCGGUGUACCCAAACGUAUUCGGGCCUGCGAUAUUUGCCGAGCCAAGAAAAUUCGAUGUGUUGGCGACACUCCAUGCAGCCACUGUAUGGAACACGGUGCAGAAUGCACUUUCGCCCCACGCCAGCCUCGCCGGAAGAGGAAACAUGAUGGCUUGCCCGAUAGUGCGGCGGCUCACUCCCUUGGUCGUUUCCAGGGCCUCCUUGAAGUAGCAAGGAUAUCUGGCAAUGAUGAUGGCAACCAGCUUUCACAGAUCCCCAGUACGAGGGUAUCACAUUCGCAGCGAGAGGACCUCUCAGAGGUCGCCCGACAGAAGCGUCAAUUUGGAUCGGAGGCAGGGCAACGGUAUAGAGCUGCCGGUGAAUUGGCUGGCUUCCAGCAAUGUGACCCAGGAAAUCCGAGGGUUAGUGGUCCGUCUCCUCCCAUGACCAAACUUCCAUCGCAGUCUGGCUCCAAAGAGGCACCCUGGGAGCGUUUUGAGAGCCCUUAUCAAGCAGCCACUACGGACAGCCCCCAGGACACGGGUGGCUAUCACACCUUCAAGGAAGACAUUGAAUUCUGGGGUCCCAGAACGAGCAUGUCGAUCUGCUCGUUGGCCGGGAUAGCAUGGGUCACAGAAAGAGUGAAACAGCCUGAUUUUCGACCUAUCGCCAAUCGGUUUACGCAAGAUGUCGCCCACCGACUGAAGCUGGAGAAAAGACCGGGGAAGGAGCGAAAAGAGGAUCCGGAUUUGAAGGACGCCCUCCGGUUCACUAGCGCUUAUUUCGAAGGGGCCCCCGACGCAGCUCUUGGGAUCGUCCGGCGGUCGUGCUUCGAGUCGAGACUGCGCGCGUUCUAUAACGGUUCGAGAUCGGACGAUGACGCAUCUUGGUAUGCUAUGCGAAAUGUCAUUUUCGCUUCUGGUUGCCGAGCGCUACUCUCUAGAGAGAGCACGUACAUCGAGGCUCAGCGGCAGUCGUGGCCGUACUUUGAGAAUGCGCUUUCAGUGCACUCGGAGCUCCUUUGUUUUCGGGCUUCGGUCAUGGGUGUGCAGGCUUUAACUCUUAUGGCCUAUUUUGCAGAGGCUGUUUCAUGUCGAAUGUUGCAAUACAUUCUCGUCGCUAACGCAUAUCGACUGGCAUGUGGGCAGGGACUGCACGUGCAGCCGGCGCCGUCCUGGAACCUCUCGGAGGAAGAGAAGUCUCUGUGGCAAUGCAUCUUUUGGGCCAUCUAUUGCCUCGACAAGCAGAUCGCAUGCCGCGCAGGCCGUCCUUCGGUAAUCGAUGAUGAAGAAAUCAACUGCCGACUCCCCACCUCAGACCGAGCUGACGGCUCCGUCAACGUGAGAUAUGUCCAAGCAUGCAUUAGAAUCAACCAUCUUUCCUCUGUGAUUCGGCAGGCGCUCUUCAGGGCUGCUGCGUGGCGGCAAACGCCAGAAGAGUUGGUCAAUAAUGUCGUAGUGCUUCAGAAGAAGCUCGAUGAACUUCGAGCCAGCCUGCGAGACCAGUGCCAACUCGACCUUCCCAUGAACCUGACAAACCCGCUAGGCGGCCUCAACAUGCAGCAGGCCUUAUCGUUACAAUUCCUUUAUUACAAUCUAACGUGGGAUAUCCACACAACGUUGGCACAUCCCUGGUUUCGGGGCGUGACUGGACUGGACCGGCAUCCAGACUUUCAAGGCCAAAUUGCGGAAUCAUGCCUGAUUGUGGCGGAAACGUCCAGGGCAGCCAUACUCGAUUGCCGGUUCAUCCACAUCGAUGCAAGCUGUCCUAUGCCGGUUGCGUACUAUACACCCCUGUAUGCCAUUGUCAAUAUUUUUAUCAAUAUCUUGUACGAUCCUUCUGUUGCGUCGGCUCAGUCUGAUCUUCACUUGAUGGAAGUUGCAAGCGGAUAUUUCGCUCGCCUGGAGUAUACCACGGAUUCUCAGUGGUCAGUACCGCUUGUCAAGGAUACUACGACCCUGGCCAGAAAUGCAGUCGAAGGUCGCAGUGGAGGUCCCGGUCCCCUUGUGCAUCCUCGAGAGAAUCAAUCGACAGGCAACACUGCACAUCCAAGUCUAGAGCCGUCAUGUGAGCCAGUGCUUGAGGAAACCGAUGUUGACAAAGAAUGGUUCGAUUUGAGUACGAACGAUGACCUCAACCUGGAAAUGUGGGGGAUCUGGCAACCUGGCACUAUAGGAGAUAGUUACAUGCCAGGUCCGUACUCUUGGAAUCCGUGA